GUUCUCGGGGCUCUGAGUCCAGUCCCCACGGCUCUCCCACACUUGGCCAGCAGGGCGGCUCCAGCGAGGAUGUCUGGGUUCUCCGGAAGCCCCUCGCAGGUGGUGACCGUAGCAGCAGUGUGGGUAGUCUGGGUAGCGUUCGUUCCCUCGGCAGCGUCCAGAGUUCUGGAAAUACACAACACGCCCUGAAUACGCCUCCUCCGCCUGCCACAGCACACGCUACUAACACGCCAGCUAGCAGCCUGAACACACAUGGCCUCAACGCUCCCGGGCUCCACGCGCAGUCGGAGGGAGUCAAGCUCCUAGCCACAGUGAUGUCCCAGUCAAUAAAGGCAAAGGAGCAUCUGUUGGAGCAGUCCAAGUCUGUGGAGCAGGCAGCAGCUGCUGCUAAGAGUCCAUCUGGUUGUCCUCCUCAAGAACAGCGCUCCUUUGAUCGCAAAGCAGAGGCAGAUGUGAAGAGUGAGGCAGUAGUGACCUGGUUGACUGAGUGUCAGCUGCAGUUCUACACCACUCACCUCCUCACCGCUGGCUAUGACCUAGACACCAUAGGCCACAUGACCCCCGAGGACCUGACAGCGAUCGGUGUAACUAAACCAGGCCAUCGUAAGAAGAUGACAUCAGAGAUCAGCAAACUGCCGUCUGGUGACUGGCUACCUGACCACAAACCAGCCAGCCUGGCAGAGUGGUUGUCAGCGAUUGGGCUGAACCAGUACUACCAGGUUCUGGUGCAAAAUGGAUAUGACAACAUCGACUUCAUCACUGAGAUCAGCUGGGAGGACCUGAAGGAGAUUGGCAUCACCAAGCUGGGCCACCAAAAGAAGAUGAUGUUAGCAGUGAGGAGACUGGGGAAGUUCCAGAGAGGAGAGAGUAUCUCUCAGCCUUCUACCCCUCCUUCUGGCUCUACCCCUCCAUCUGGCUCCACCCCUCCUUCUGGCUCCACCCCUCCAUCCUCCUCCACUCCUCCCCCCUCUACCCCACUCCCCUCCACUGGGAGGGGUCAGAGGCCCCCCCUCACUAAACCCCGGCCAGGGAUUGAGUCCCCAACACACACACCCUCCCCACCUCACACUCCCACCAAGACCCACAAGGCUCGAGCCCACCCCUCCACCCAGCCCCCGCCAGCUGAUUCGCCAGUCCAAGAAGGGGGUGUGUCUGUUCCUUUACUCUGUCUGCCAAUGGAGGAGGAGCAUCGGCGAACUCACAGCCUGAUUGGCUACUCGGGGUACGAAGCCGAUGCCCUCUCGGUUACAGACUUCGCACCGAGAUACGCCACGGUCUGCCGCAGCAGCUCGGCUCAACGCUCCGACCCCAAUGACGCAACUGUCAACCGCAGCCAAUCAUCAGUCACGCUGCGGCCCAGGAGGAAAGGCCGGCCCCCGACUCCGCCGAAACGGUCGUGUUCCUCCAUCUCCGGGGGCGACGGGCUGGGGGAGGGGCUGGGGGUAGUAGGGAUCAGGGAGAGGAGAGCCAGCGACUGUGGAGGGCUGGCGGAGAGGAGGGGGAAGGGGGGGCUGGUGAGGUCAGAGGGGGCGGGGGGGAGCGUCCGGAGCAUCGCGGCCAUGUUGGAGACAUCGAUGGGAGGAGUUGGUCCUGGAGGGGGAGGGGCCAAGACCCUGCCCAGAACCAUGGGAGGCAGAGGCAGCUACCUCAACCCUACACAGGUUAGUCCGGCGGCGUUGCGUCGCCAGGCCGGGUCAGGUGGUCUCGGGUCUGAUGAUGAUAUCAUGAAUCGCCGUCGGACCAUCAGCGGUCCGCUCACCGACCAGACAGACUCCGCCCAGAUCCAGUCCCCGCGGCAACACACUGAGCUACGCCCAGAACCCCGCCCACGCUCCACGGUCGUCACGCCGACAGGAGAAGGGCUUAUUACGGAUGGAACAGCGACCAUCAACCGAAGGAGAAAGCCCCGCCCCCCCAACUAUUCUGACGCAGAGAAGUUCCAUCUGACGGAGACAGACACCAUUCGGCGACGCCCACGCAGCAAUGACCAAUCAGACAACAGCACAACCAGCAGCAGCCAACCAGAGAUUAGCACAACCAGCGUCGACCAACCAGCGAGCGCCAUACCUGGCAGCGACCAACCAGAGAGCAGCAGGAAGAGCGUUGACCAACCAGAGAGCAGCAUUGACCAAUUGCAUCGCAGCCAGUUGGCCCCCCAGCAGGUGAACGGAGGGGUCGACCAAUCACACCGCAUCAUCCUGCGGAUGCGGCCCGGGUCGGAGGCUGAGGGGGAGGUGGCCUCUCGCAGGGAGAGCUGUGAUAGGCCAGAAGUCAGGAAACCGCUGAAGCCACCGGUGUCGCCCAAACCCUCGAUGGCGGCCGUGAGGAGACAGCAGCAGGACCCCCCCACCCCGACCAGACGCGUCCCCUUGCCUGGGCCUGAAGCUGACAGUCCUGCAGAUCCGAGGUGGAUGCCUCCCCCAGUCUCCUUCAAACCCUGCCCUCCUCCCACCGGUCCUAAACCCACCAAACCCUCACUCUCCUCCCCCACCCCUCUCCCUAGACCUCUCCCUAUCCCAGACACCCUCACCCCACCCUCCCUGUCCCCUGUCCCCCCCUACACCUCCUCCUCCUCUCCCACCACCAGCCCCUCCACUCCCCAGACCCCCUCCACCCCCGGUUCCACCCCCCACCCCGUCAAGCCUCCCCGCUCCUCUAUUUCUGGCCUCUCUGUCGACCUGCUGCUGGGGAGGGAGGGGGAGGAGAGAAGGAGAGAGAAGGAGGAGGAGAGGAGAGUUGAAAGAAGGAGAGAGAAGGAGGAGGAGCAGACCAAGGAGGAGGCUCCAGCCCAAGUAGGGGAGGAGGAGGAAGAAGAGGAGGUGCAUCAUCUGAGGUUGGAGGAGACCAGCGCCUCCCUCGCUGCAGCUCUGGAAGCUGUGGAGCAGAAGAUGAACCAGGAUCACACACACAACCAUUCUCUACUGGAGGAGAAGACGACAGUCAACAUUCUAGAUGACAUCGGCAGCAUGUUUGACGACCUGGCGGACCAGUUGGACGCCAUGUUGGACUAGAGCUCCCAGCGUCGCUACGACAACCAGCCAAGAGCUGACUGCUUAUGCCAGCUAUCCCAGGGUGCUUUGCAGCUCCUGUAUAGAAUAGCUAUGAUAGAAGUGUUCCUGUGUGUUCAUAUUCCUGACGUAGUGCACUACUAUAGAGCUCGGGUCGACUGCACUACAUAGGAGGGAAUGGGGAUGUUACCGUGGUGAUGUUACCGUGGUGUUGGGUGGUAGAUGUUCCUGAAGCAGGAAGUUGUAGAUGGUUGUAUUCUCCCUCCCCUCUCAUUGGUCAAGAAGUAUUCUGAAAGCACACACACAGGCAGGUAGACAGACAGACAGACAGACAGACAGACAGA